CUCUUGAAUGUAGGCUGUUUCACGCUCACGUUCACUCUCUGUUCUUGCGCACGUUCACGCAGAGGUCCAUUGAGCCGAUGAAAAGCCUCUUUGCCACUCCCCUUUUAUGAGUACCUUCAUUACUCAGGCAAGCGUCUGGUAGCAAGCAGGGGAUCACUUCCAUUCUUUGAAAACGUGUAAAAGAUGCUACCGCCGUUCUUUUGCUGACGGUGUGUGUACACGGUGGUGAUUUGGUUGAUCCGACAGUGAGUGCCACAGCGGCAUCACCGGUCCGUGCCUCCCCGUCACAGCCGCUCUGACUGAACACACGUUUGGUCGCAAUGAGGAAAAUAACGGGCAAGGCAAAGGAUGAAACUUUGAUCGAGCUGCAAAGCGCCGGAGACGUUCACACUGGAGAUGGUCCUGCCGUGCUGACCGCAUUCAGGAUCAACUUGCACACAGAUGAAAAUGGUGGAAAUGAUGUGAAUUCACUGUCUGAGAGAACAACCCUGCCGGGACACACUGAGACAGAGAAACUACAACCAACCAAAGACACGGUAUUCUUCAGGGAUGGAGUGCGAAGGAUUGACUUUGUGUUGUCUUACGUGGAUGACAAAGAUGGAGAGAAGAAACAGGAGAGGAGGAGGGAGUUUGAGGCCAACCUUGAGAAAGCUGGAUUGGAGCUGGAGACAGAAGACAAAUCUGACUCAAAAGACCAGAAGACAUACUUCUUGAAGAUCCAUGCUCCAUGGGAUGUUCUGGCCACCUACGCGGACGUCUUGAAGAUUAAAGUUCCUUUCAAAGCCAGUGAUAUCCCCCACGGGCGAGAUGUUCCUCUGGAAUGGCUGUCACAUCCUUUCCGCUUGCCAGAACACAUUAUGCACCCACAACCUGAUUAUUUUACUUACCCCUUUGACAAAGGCAAGACUGACUUCUUUCUCAUUAAUGACAAGGAUACUUUCUUCCCACCAUCCACAAGAAACAGGAUUGUCUACUACAUCUUAGCGCGAUGUCCUUAUUACAAAAACGGCCGACAAGACAAAGACAAGACAGGAAUCAAGCGACUACUCAGUAAUGGGACAUACACAGCAGCAUUCCCACUUCACGAUUGCCGUUACUGGAAGAGAGCAAGAAAUGCAGAAUGCGAGAGUGAGCGCUUCAAUUUGUACACGCACUGGGCCAGGUUUCUCUGCUUUUACAAAGAGCAGCCACUUAACCUCAUCAGGAAAUAUUACGGGGAAAAGAUCGGGAUUUACUUUGCAUGGCUGGGAUUCUACACGGAGAUGUUAUUCUUUGCCGCUGUCAUGGGCUUUAUAUGUUUCACCUACGGAGUGCUUAGCUACGACGACAACAUAUCCAGCAAAGAAAUUUGUGAUGCUAAUAUUGGGGGCAAGAUUGUGAUGUGUCCAUUGUGUGACAAAAAGUGCUCUUUCUGGAAGCUCAACUCUACGUGUCUCUCAUCCUGGCAAUCCCAUCUGUUUGACAAUGAGGGAACGGUGUUCUUUGCCAUAUUCAUGGGGAUUUGGGUAACUCUGUUUUUGGAGUUUUGGAAGCGACGUCAAGCCCGGCUGGAGUAUGAGUGGGACUUGGUUGACUUUGAAGAGGCGCAGCAACAGCUUCAAAUUCGGCCCGAGUUUGAAAUUAGAUGUACAAACAGGAGACUCAACAAAAUCACUCAGGAAAUGGAGCCAUUUCUUCCUGUCACCAGCAAGUGUGCUCGCUUCUGCCUGUCUGGGGCCACUGUCCUUUUUUGGAUAUCUCUGAUCCUGGCCUGCAUUAUUGGGGUCAUAGCGUACAGGUUGGCUGUGUACGCUGCCUUUGCCAGUAUCAUCAAAGACCCGAUGAGGAAGAUCCAGGUGGUGGGCAGGUUCAUCACACCGCAGCUUGCCACCUCUGCUACCGCCUCUUGCAUCAACUUUGUCAUCAUCAUGAUCCUCAACUUCUUCUAUGAGAGGGUGGCUGUCUGGAUUACGGAUAUGGAGAUCCCAAAGACCCAUCUGGAAUACGAGAACAGGCUCACCAUGAAGAUGUUUCUCUUCCAGUUUGUCAACUAUUACUCGUCUUGCUUCUAUGUGGCUUUCUUUAAGGGCAAAUUUGUGGGCUUUCCUGGUAAAUACUCAUACAUGUUCGGGAAGUGGAGCAAACUGAGAAAUGAGGAGUGUGACCCUGGAGGCUGUCUUAUAGAGCUGACGACACAGUUGGUGAUCGUCAUGGCCGGAAAGCAACUGUGGGGGAACAUCCAGGAAGCCCUGCUGCCGUUGAUGCGGAACUGGUGGAGUAGCAGAAAGGGGAGGCACCAUCCUGAGAACCAUUACAGUCGCUGGGAACAGGACCACGUCCUGCAGAACUUCAGCCAGCUGGGAUUGUUCUAUGAAUACCUAGAAAUGGUGAUCCAGUUUGGUUUCAUCACUCUGUUUGUUGCAUCUUUUCCUUUGGCUCCCCUUCUUGCUCUGUUCAACAACAUUCUGGAAAUUCGCGUGGACGCGUGGAAGUUCACCACUCAGUUCAGACGACCUGUGGCUUCCAAGGCCAGAAACAUUGGAGCUUGGCAGGAGAUUCUCAAUGCGGUCGCCAUAUUGUCUGUGGUGACCAAUGCGUUCAUCAUGGCAUUCACCUCCGACAUGAUUCCCCGUAUGGUCUACCUGUACGCAUACGGUAAAGGGGCCUCCAUGAGGGGCUACGUGAACAACAGCUUGUCAGUUUACAACAUCUCACAGAUCCCCUUCCGCCACAUGCCAGAAGAACAGGACAACUGGUUUGAUAAUUCAACAUCCACCUGCAGAUACAGAGAUUACCGCUACCCGCCAGGUCACUACAGGGAGUACACUCACACCAUGCAGUUCUGGCAUAUCCUAGCAGCCAAAAUGGCCUUCAUUAUCAUCAUGGAACACGUGGUCUUCGUGGUGAAGUUCUUUGUGGCGUGGAUGAUUCCAGAUGUGCCCUCAGAUGUGAAGGCGCGAUUCAAACGGGAACGCUACCUGAUUCAAGAGUACCUGCAUAACUAUGAGGUGGAAAGACUCAAACUCCAGCUGAGUGCCAGCUUCAUCACCGAGCCCCUCUCAGAGGCAUCGUCUGUGCCGGACAAGCAUGAAGUGCUGUCUGAGUGCCUCUAGCUGCCAUUUCACAAAUCACAGUGGCCAAGCCAAAACUAGACUUUGGAGCUUGUGCGGUUAUACCUGCUGAUGACAUCCAUAUGCAAGGGCUUCUGUGUUUCAGUAAAAACAAUGCUGGCCUUGUUUCUUGUUUCAUGGGCAUAAUCACCUGCUGUAAUGAGUUCCUAUAUUAGGAUCGGAGCAGUCAUAGUUGAGAAAAAACAUUGCAAUCAAUGGCUUGCUUAUGCAUCUGCUUCUCAAGUGCAUGUCGUGUAUCUGCGCCAUAGAAAAUAUGAAGGGGUCGAUGUGAACGUUUACAGCGAUGAGCAAAACAAUUGUGCAAUUCUCCAUGUAAUGCCUUCCUUUCUGUAGCUCACGCCUAAGAAAUGGCGACAUGUAUUUAUGGAUGUUCUGAUAAAGCUUAUUUCAUUGUAAUAACCCUUUAAAUAAUUUUAAUUUGAAUAUAUUUGUCCCGGCAUGUGAUACUUGUAAAGAGGGUACGAAAUACAUGACUGAAUUUGUCCCAACUAGCUGUAUGUUGUAUUGUUUGUAUAGUAGUAGCGGUGAAAAGAAGUCUUGUCAUUGUAAAAAUGGUGUUACAUAUCUGUAUGCCUUACAUUCUUGAAAAAAAAAAAAGAAUCACACUGAUCAAUAAAAUAUGUGACAAAAUGUUCCACUGAGUUUAACCGUGGCUUGAAAAAGUAUUCUUCCCCCUUGAACUUUUUUCUUAUUUUGUGACUUUACAAUCCCAAACGGGGGUGAUUUUGUGAUGAUUUUACGUAAUAAACCAACACAAAGUCGCACAUAAUGCGGAAGUGGAAUGAAAAUACGAUGAUGAAGUCUGCAAAAUUAGAGUCCACCUGUGUGAAAUUGUUCUGUGAAGGCCUCAGCGCUUUGUACGAGAACACUAGUGAACAACAGCACCAC